GAGCAGAGGCUGAGUAUUGCAGCAAGGGGCGCUGCGCCGCACGCAGCUGCGUGCGCCCGCGCGCCCCUAGAGCCCGAGAUCUGAGCCAGGCCAGGGCGGCCCAGCCUUCCCGCCCAGACUGGGUCAGAGGAAGCCGAAAGCAGCUUUAGCGGGGUGAAGCGCUCGGGGGUGCGGAGGACCGGUUAGAACUUGGCAGAGUCCGGGAUGUGCGGAGCGAGGCCGCUGAGGACUUGAUUCAUCUUCUCUACCCUUCUCCCCUGCUCCCCAUCCACUGGGCUCCAGGCCUCCAGCUGUCAGCCCCCGAUUUCGUGGCAGGGUGUGGCGAACCCGAUUUCUGUUUGCAAGCACUGCCAGCAGCCCAAGAGCCAGGUCCCAAGGCUGGAUAACUUUUGCCUCGGCUGCUGGCCCGGGCCUCAGAGUCUUGAGCGCGGGAGGACACCGAGCGUCGGCCGGAGCGGAGCGCAGUGCGCCAUGGCCGACCGGCCGGCGGCGGGCCCGGCGGCCGGGGACUGGGAGAUCGACGUGGAGAGCCUGGAGCUGGAGGAGGACGGCCGCGGGCCGCCGCCAACCACCCCGCCCGGGCCCAGCCCGCCGUCGGCCGACGCGGACGGCGAGGACGACGACGACGACGACGACGACGACGACGCGGAGGACGAGGGCGACGGCCUGGACGCGGGCGCGUCCCCGGGGGGGCCGGGCGGGCCGGAGCAGCCGCGGGCCCCACGGCCGGGGCCGAGCCCGGCGCCGCAGGCCUCGCCCGCGCCGGCCCGGCCCCCGGAGCGCGGCGCGAACGCGGGCGGCGGCGCGGAGCCGCGCAAGCUCAGCCGCACGCCCAAGUGCGCGCGCUGCCGCAACCACGGCGUGGUGUCCUGCCUCAAGGGCCACAAGCGCUUCUGCCGCUGGCGCGACUGCCAGUGCGCCAACUGCCUGCUGGUGGUGGAGCGCCAGCGCGUCAUGGCCGCCCAGGUGGCGCUCCGGAGGCAGCAGGCCACCGAGGACAAGAAGGGACUUUCCGGGAAGCAGAAUAAUUUCGAGCGCAAAGCCGUGUAUCAGAGGCAAGUCAGGGCGCCCAGUUUGCUGGCCAAAAGCAUUUUAGAAGGCUACCGCCCCAUUCCAGCCGAGACUUAUGUGGGAGGGGGCUUACCCCUACCUCCCCCGGUUAGUGACCGGAUGCGGAAAAGGCGGGCCUUUGCCGAUAAAGAGCUGGAGAACAUUAUGCUGGAGAGAGAAUAUAAAGAGAGGGAGAUGCUGGAAGCGUCCCAAGCCACUGCCUUGUUCCUGCCCAGCCGCCUGGGGCACGGACCCGAGUACAGCUCCUACCAAAGCGCCUACAGCCCCACCCCAGUGGAGCCGGCGAACAAAGACUUCUGCAAUUUCCUGCCCACCUGCCUUGACCUCACCAUGCAGUAUUCAGGGUCUGGGAAUAUGGAGCUCAUCUCUUCCAACGUCAGUGUGGCCGCGACUUACAGGCAGUAUCCCUUGUCCUCGAGAUUUUUAGUUUGGCCCAAGUGUGGCCCCAUCAGCGACACUCUUCUGUAUCAGCAAUGCCUGCUAAACACCACCACCUCGGUUCAAGCCCUGAAGCCCAGCAGCGGCUGGGACUUGAAGGGAGUGCGGGUCCAGGACGGACUUGUGGCAGAACACGACUUGACGCCCCCCAAGCUAGAAGGCUCGCUGCUGCUGCCUCACCCUGCGGAGGUCCAGACCUCGAGAAGUGACCUUCAGGGUCACCAGGCCAUCCCCGAGAGGUCUGCCUUCUCCCUACCCAGACGGAAUUUCUCUGCCCUUGUUGACACGGACUCCCUGGCGGCUCAAGGGGACGUCUUAACCAAGAUCAGCAAAGAAAGCGCCAGGCACCCUCUACCACUUAAACAUAAUCCAUUCCACUCAUUAUUCCAGCAAACUCUUCAUGACAAAUCAGGUCCUGAGUUGCAAACACCAUUUGUCAAAGAGGCCUUUGAAGAGGUCCCUAAGAAGCACAGGGAGUGUCUAGUCAAGGAGAAGCAGAGGUACACAUUUACAAUAGACAGAUACGCCAAAGACCUUUUCGUAGCCAAACAAGUCGGAACAAAACUGUCUGUGAAUGAGCCGCUGUCAUUUUCUGUUGAGUCUAUUCUUAAGAGGCCUUCAUCUGCCAUCACUCACGUCUCUCAGUGAAAGGCUGCUUACAGGGAAAGCUGGAUUUUCUGCCGUCUCAGAGGGUUCUUACCAGUUGCUAAUUUUUUUUUUAAAGAAAAAAAGCUAAGAUGUUUGUCUAAAGAAAUUUCUAAUGUAAAAGGUGAUGAUUUAAAAAAUGAUAUCUAUUCAUAUGCAUGUACUUUUUCUCCCAUAAAUAUAUUUAAACCUAAAGAUGGAAAUUGCUUACGUGCAAACUGUAAAGUUCCGUGCUUUACACCGCAUUUCAAAAAGCAAUAAAGUUGACACUGUCUUCUCAAAGACCCAGUAUUUGCAGAAUUACCUAGUUGUCUCUGUCUAUAAGAAAAACUAGUGUCCAUGAAACAUGUUCCUUGUUUUUCUGUGAUUCUGCAUAGUUUAAAAUGCUCCCAGUGGUGGUCCCUGGGGGCCACAGGAGAUAGCUUAUAGUGCCUUAGUUUUGCAUUUUAGAGGCUGUGUAAAUAUAGCUACUCAAAAUUGAGGCAAAAAAUAGCUUUAAGGAGCAUAGAACAGCUUUGCCUGUUUCUAGAAUCAUAAUUUUGCGUGAUGGGACAAAGUGGAAUUAAUUUGCAGGAAGAUCAAGUUUAAGGUCUUGUUUUUAUGGUGAUCUGAGUUCUCGGGAUGGAUGUCUUUUAGCUCUUGGCAUCCCAGUUUCCUGACGGGAGGUGUAUCUGGGUCCUCAAGCUUCCUUUCCAGAUUGAGCUUUCUAGGCCGUCUAGGCAGCUAGCGCUCCCAGAGCAGAUUCACUUGUCAUCAGACUGUACGGUUGAACCCCUCUCAGCUCUGUUAUUUCACUGUUUCCUAAGGACCGGAGACAGCAGACACCGAGAGGGGGUCACGGUCACGACUCUUCCGUGUCCAGCUUGAUGCUCCCACAUUGUCACCAGUGCCAAAGGCUUUCGGCGUAGCUUUAAACAAAAUCACGUUCAGAUCGCUUCAGCUGACAGUGGCCGAAGCUGGCAUUCAGUCUUCACAGCAUGAGGGUGACUUCUGGAGUCUUAACCCCACCCUUCCAUUUUUGAGUUUAUUACCACCUUCUAGUUUUGCUCAAUAAAAUGUUAGUAACUGUUGUUCUCUAUGAUUGAUAAAAUGAGAGUAUUAAAUUUAUCUCUGAAGACCUCAUCUGCAAACCCCAAAUGAAGUUUUUAGGAUGCCACAGUCAUUUCACCCCCGAAAAUCCAGAGCCAGACAACCCACCGUUGGUUUUGCAAUGGAGUGAGUUGUUAUUUCCAGUUCUCCUGUCACUUGGGGAGCAAGAACACUCGUUGGGCAUGUGGAAUGUGCCAAGAGGUUUGGCAUUUUAAAGAGUUUCUUGCUCUGGAAAACGUUUAAAAUUAUUUAAAAAUGAUUUUGCUACUGAUGAGCUCAUGUAAACCUCCAGGGGUUCUCUGAAUUCUUGCUUAAAAUGAGAAUCGAUUUCAAAAACAACAAGCCAAGGCUUAGAUUGAUUUCCAGUUUGUUCUUGUAAAAUAAUAUGUGGUUUGAUUGAGUCAAAUUUACUUAUUCUUACUAUGGCAAAAGCCAGAGCAAAUGGCAGUUUGCCAGAGGGAAAGAAAAUGAAAGAGGACAGAGCUCACAAUGACGGAGAUUAUCAUCAUUAAGUGGAAAUAUGUUUUCCAGUCACGAAUGCUGGUGUCUGGGACAGAAUCUGACUUCAGCCACCCCUCCCGCUCCUCCAGCCAUCUUUGUUUUAUCCAGAGAGUUGUUGAUUUUUGUCUUCCUAUCAGGAAUUUGUUUUUUGUGUCUGGUGUGAAGUGUAAACGUAGCAUUCAACCUAACUACUGCCGAGGUAAUGGGGAAAACACAUCAGAGUAAACUCACAGGAAAAAAAUCCCAACAGGGAAAAAUAAAUCCCAAGGAGAAGGCCUUCUUAAUCCAAA